ACUAAAGGUCCCUCAUAAACUGAACAGCUGGUUUCUGUAAGUCACGGGCUCAGAUCGGAAUAACGCACCAAGUCUGAUGCCCAGCAGUGCCCAAGUUCAGGCUGCCCCUUAUGUAUGGUCUGCAGGUGCCGUCAUAUUGUCAUCAGGAAGUAACACUGCAAGGUGAUGCAAACUGCAGCUCCUGGAACCGUACUGGAGGCAAGACAGAUCUUCUGGAACGAUGCAUGAUGUUGGAUUGAACAAGGCCUAGGAUUUCCAAAGCAAAGAAAAAAGGGGUCUCUGCUUCAGGACCCAAGGAGAAAGAGGGACAGGAAGCUACGUGCAGCUCUUUUUAAGGACAACAAAGUGAUAGUUGGAAAACCUUAUUUGGCCACAAUGCUAUCAGCCUUGAACGUCAGUGACAUUGGUCAAGAUUCAACAUUAGUGGGUCACUAUGGUCCAGAACAAAUAGUCACCAUGAUCAUAUUAGCUGUUACAUUUAUUUUCGGUGUGCCAGGAAACAGCUUGGUGAUAUGGGUUACAAGCGUGAAAAUGAGAAGGACGGUGAACACGGUCUGGUUUUGGAACCUUGCUGUAGCUGACCUGAUUUGCUGCCUGUCUCUUCCUUUCUCCAUUUCUGUUGAGGUCCUUCAUGACGUAUGGCCAUAUGGCUCCAUCCUCUGCAAGCUGCUACCAUCCAUUGUUAUCCUCAACAUGUUCGCUAGCGUUUUCACCCUUGUAACCAUCAGUGUGGACCGAUGUCUUCUUGUGGUUAAGCCGGUUUGGUCACAGAAUAAUCGCACUGUACAAAAAGCUUGGCUUGCAUGUGUUUGUAUCUGGCUACUCUCCUUUCUGAUGUGUCUUCCUGUAUUCCUCUAUAGGGAAACAUUAUUAAUAGAUGAAACUACUCAUUGUGUCUACAACUAUGAUGGGGAAAUUAAUUUGAAUUAUAGCUACAAUAUCCGGGGCGAUUUUUUCAUCAACAAAAAUGCCACUUCAUGGGAAAUGACUGAUAUCAAGCUGAACAUGGUCAAUCCCGUUCCUGGAGGAGUUUACCAAAAUGAGGAGUAUUUUGACGUGUCUGGGGCUUAUCCUAUUGACAACUUUGAUACAAGAGAAGGAACGUUCGAAACAUAUAUAUAUAACGAUAUAAAUCGCAUUGAGGCUUCCACUUCAACUAAUGCCAUCAUUACUGUAACAGUAACCCGUGCUAUUUUAGGGUUCUUUUUACCAUUUUUGAUCAUCACUGCCUGCUACCUCUGCCUAGGCUGGAAGCUGCAGAACUCCAGAUUUGGCAAAGUGGGCAGCAAAACACGGAAAGUAGCAACGGGUAUAGUUAUUGCAUUUUGUGUGUCCUGGGCCCCCUACCACAUUGUCGGCAUUGGUAUGCUUUUUCUAGAAAGCCCAACCUUAAGGGCACUUGACCACUUAUCACAGGGACUGGCAUAUGCCAACUGCUGUGUCAAUCCCAUCCUGUAUGUCUUCAUGGGAAAAGAUUUCAAGAAUAAGUUGCAGAAAUCUUUUCAUGUGCUGAUGGAAAGUGUAUUUAGUGAGGAGGUAACACGGACUACUGGACAUGACAAAAGUGAGAAAAGCAGCAAAAACAGCACAACUGUGUGAUUACAUGACAAAAACGCCCGUAGGUAAAGUACAUGAGAGCAAGUAACCAACAAGGUUGUGUGAGAAUUACAGAAACCGCGGGGAGUUAACUUCGCCCAAAGCCCAGAAGCAGGACUCACAGUAUUUAGAUGUAUUAAUUUCCUGAGGUUACACAGCAAGAUUGUGGUUAGGAAUAAGCAUGAGUGAUGUGUGGGAAAUUCAUUAAAGUGAAUUACUUUCAUUUGUA